CUGCUUAUACAAAGUUCACUUUCUAGUCCAGGAAAACGACUCUGGGAGCUUUUCUUCAGCAGCGAUGGGAUCCGACUCCCCUCUCUUGUUGGCUGCAGUGUCCCUGCUAUCGGGCCUCCAGAUGGGUUACCUGGCCCGGCGGGUCGGUUGGUCCAGGAUGGCUCAUAAAGUCCUUCCUCCUGCUGUGACCGGACCUCCUGAGUUUGAGAGGACCUUCAGAGCUCAUCAGAACUGUGUGGAGUUUUACCCCCUGUUCCUGGUCUCCAUGUGGACCUGUGGGCUGUUCUUCAAUGAGGCCACAGCAGCAGCAGGGGGUCUGGUCUACAUGAUCGCCCGACUGAUGUACUUUAAUGGCUACGUGGCUGCUGGGAAGAAAAGGUUACCAGGAUUUUUCCUGACUCUGGCGGUCCUCGGCGCUCUGUUUCUGCUGGCUUUUAUUGGAAUAAUGAGAGGAAUACUUCACAAGUACUUCCACAUCCACCUCUUCUGAGGAUUCACCUCUGACACCAUAGAGCCACUGGGAGCAGAAAAGAAUGUUUGAUACCUGUCUGUUAUUAUACUGCAGUAAAAGAAUGUUCCAUUAAAGCUCCCAGUCUUUAAACCCAGACAGUCUGACAUGUUCUCAGGGUCAAACUGGGACUAAGAAAGGGGGACAUUUGGACAAUUUCAACUUUGCCCUCACUUCAUAGCAAGUGGAUGGACAUGCAUGAGGAUGCACGGGUGCUUUCCAUCAAUUUUCAUUUCAUUUCAUUUUUAAUUUCAUUUAUUUGUUCUAGUCAUGGCAAAUCCAUAUUCACUCUCAAAGAGACAUUCAACCUCACUCCACUCCAUGGCUAGAAAGGAGCAAAAUUCUCUGCCAAAUGCCAAAUUUACAAUAACUGAGAGAAUAUUAUUACAACAACAUUCAAGAAAGGUACAGUAACAUUUUCAAGACUAACAACACCUGCCCUCAGCAGUAAAAUAGGAAAACAAAACACCCUAUUCACCAUGUUCACAAUGUCUAAUGAGUCUCACUUCAAACAUUUUCUUGAACUCAAAUAUAUUCAGGCAGCUCUUCAUAUCACUCUGUAAGGAAUUCCACAUUUUAACUCCCAUCACAGAAAUACACAUCUGUUUUAAAGUCGUCCGUGCAAGUUGAUGCUUAAAAUUAAAUUUCCGUCUAUGGUUCUCAUCUUCUGAGCUAAAAACAAAAAACUUUUGUAAACUUUCUGGUAAUGCUCUACUUUUAGCUCUGAACAUAACUGUGAGUGUCUGCAGCUCAAUCAGAUCUUUAAGUUUUAACAAUCCUGCCUUAAUAAACAGACUGUUGGUGUGCUCUCUGUAACCUGCUUUGUGAAUAAUUCUUACUGCUCUUUUCUGUAAAAAAAAUAAUGGAUUUAUGUUGCUUAUAUAUGUAUUUCCCCAAAUUUCCACACAAUAACAAAGAGAGAGAGAAUAUAUCAUAUCUCAAAUAUGCAGUAAAUUUAUAUAUGUGUGUAAUGAGUGUAAUUUUAAUUAGAGGUGGAAAUGCACAUGUUGGUGAUUCAUAUCCUACAUAUUUCCUCUGAUUCUUUAUGCCUGUGCAUAAAUAAACCUAACAUGAACAAAUGCA